AUGAAGCUCCUAAUACUUUUGGUGUUUGUGGGGUUUUGCUCUGCCCAAUACAACACAAACUUCAGGGCUGGCAGGACAUCUAUGGUCCACUUGUUUGAAUGGCGCUGGGUAGAUAUUGCUGCAGAAUGUGAGAGAUAUUUGGGUCCCAAUGGAUUUGGUGGUAUACAGGUCUCCCCACCAAAUGAAAAUAUAAUUGUUAACAAUCCCUGGAGACCUUGGUAUGAGAGAUACCAGCCAGUCAGCUACAAGCUCUGCUCCAGGUCCGGUAGUGAGGCUCAGUUCAGAGACAUGGUGACCAGAUGUAACAAUGUUGGGGUAUAUAUUUAUGUUGAUGCCAUCAUUAACCACAUGUGUGGAUCAGGUGGUGGUGCAGGAACACACUCUACUUGUGGAAGCUAUUUCAAUGCUGGAACCAAAGAAUUCUCUGCAGUACCUUAUUCAAACCUGGAUUUCAAUGAUGCCAAGUGCAAUACUAAUAAUGGUGAAAUCCAGAACUAUGGCGAUGUUAACCAGGUCAGAAACUGCAGACUUGUGGGCCUUUUGGAUUUGGCAAUGGAGAAGGAUUACGUACGUGGAAAGAUUGCAGCCUUCCUAAACAACCUCAUCAGCAUUGGUGUUGCUGGCUUCAGACUGGAUGCCGCCAAACACAUGUGGCCUGGAGACAUCGCUAACAUCUUGGGCAGAUUAAACAAUCUGAACACUCAAUGGUUCCCUGGUGGCUCCCGUCCUUUCAUCUUCCAGGAGGUGAUUGAUUUGGGUGGAGAAGCUAUUUCAGCUGGUGAAUACUAUGGAAAUGGCCGUGUGACCGAGUUCAAAUAUGGAGCCAAGCUUGGCAAUGUGAUUCGCAAGUGGAACGGAGAAAAGAUGUCAUACCUGAAGAACUGGGGUGAAGGAUGGGGUUUCAUGCCUAACAACAGAGCACUGGUGUUUGUUGACAACCAUGAUAACCAGAGAGGACACGGUGCUGGAGGCUCUUCCAUCCUUACCUUCUUUGACGCACGCCUGUACAAAAUGGGAAUUGGCUUCAUGUUGGCACAUCCCUAUGGUGUCACACGUGUCAUGUCCAGUUAUCGUUGGACAAGAAACUUUGUCAAUGGAAAGGAUGUCAACGACUGGAUUGGACCCCCAAGCAACUCUGAUGGAUCAACUAAGGCAGUUACUAUCAAUGCCGACACAACCUGUGGAAAUAAUUGGGUCUGUGAGCACAGAUGGCGUCAGAUUAAGAACAUGGUAAUAUUCCGUAACACAGUUGAUGGCCAAGCCUUCGCUAACUGGUGGGACAAUGGAGGAAAUCAAAUUGCUUUUGGCCGUGGAAACAGAGGAUUCAUUAUUUUUAAUAAUGAGACAUGGAACAUGGAUGUCACUCUGAACACUGGACUUCCUGCCGGCACAUACUGUGAUGUUAUCUCUGGACAGAAAGAAGGCACCCGCUGUACUGGUGCACAGGUCACUGUGAGCGGCACUGGCUCAGCCCGCUUCACAAUUAGCGGUUCAGCAGAAGACCCAUUUGUUGCCAUUCAUGUGAACGCCAAGUUGUAAUU